UGAAAAUCACGUCUGCUCUCGAGCGUGGUUUCGUGCUACGUCGUGUUCUUUCGACAAGUUCCGUUUUGAUUCGGUAAUUUCCGCUUACUCUCCUUCCUGUGUUGAUCUCCGUCCCCAGUAAAGACACUCGGAGGCCAUUAUCCCGCUUUCAUACCUUGAAGAAAAAUAAAUCGUUUUUUAUAAAUCAAUUAUUUAUUCGUGCAAGUUGACCAAGCCCUCGUUGGAAACCUGCACCUUUACGAAUCGUGAGGCACGCGCACCUCGCCUCGACAGUCCUUCGGAUAAUUUCGGCUGCUUUCGUGCGCCGCUGUUUUGAAAUGGACACGACUGAACCGGCGGCGAAGGCGCUCGAGCUGGGCGACGCGUCCGCGGGAGAGACGGUAGGUUCGGAUACCGAGUCGGAGGCCGAAGUCGCCACGAUGACUGUGAUGGGAGAAGCGGGAAACAUCGACAUCACCGAAUCCCUGCCGAACCCAGAAGAUGCCGAAGCGGCGUUCGCGGAGGUGACAGCCGUCACUGUUGGGGACGUCCAGAGUUCAGAUGGCUCUGUGUUCACGUCUACAGUAGCCACAGCAGCGUCCAUCCCUGAACACGUGCUCACGGGCAGAACCACGCUUCAGAUCGGAGACAGUCUGAGUACCCAGAAGGCCACGCUGAUCGUGGUGCACACGGAUGGGAGCCUCGUAGACGCCACAGGGCUGAAAGCCACCUCAACACCUAUGACUCCUGGUCCUCAAACCCCGAGCACCCCUCUGACGUCUGGACAUGAGAAGGACGUCUCUAAGUACAACUGGGAUCCGUCGGUUUAUGACAAUGAGCUCCCGGUGCGCUGCAGGAACACCAGCGGGAUCCUGUACAAAAGCAGACUGGGCUCAGGGGGCAAAGGGCGCUGUAUCAAACACAACAAUAGCUGGUACACCCCGACAGAGUUCGAGGGUAUGUCAGGAAGAGCGAGCAGCAAAGACUGGAAGAGAAGCAUCCGCUACGCUGGCCGACCUCUACAGUGUCUGAUCCAGGAGCGUAUCCUGAAUCCUCACGCAGCGUCCUGUACGUGUGCGGCCUGCUGUGAUGAUCUGUCAACAUGUAUGAAGGAGGGAUCUUUCGAAGGAGAGAACAUCUCAAUGACGGGCCCCGUCAGACUGUUCGUCCCCUACAAGAGAAGGAAGAAGGACAGCGAGCGCGCAGCUUCUCCGGAGAAGAGGGAAGUUCAGUCUCCGAAGAACAUCACCCUGGCUCCUGGAGCAACAUUUACGAUGACCCCGUCUGGACAGAUCACCACAUCCGGCACGCUGACCUUUGACCGAGCGGUGUCAGGAGAGACGGCGUCCAUCAUCUCGGACAGCCCUGCGCCCGCAGACGUCUUCUCCAACACAACCGUGCUGGCCAGUCUUCCUGCGCUGACCGUGGUCUCUCCGCAGCCCAAACCCUCUCCAUCAGGACCGCUCAUGAACGGGCUGGAGAUGGCCGAGCAGCGGACCUGGCUUUACCUGGAAGACAUGGCCAAUACACUGCUCAACAACGUCCAGCAGCUCAAAGUCCUCAUCGCACAGGCCAAACAAGCCGGUCAGAGCGGAGCGCAUGUCAGGAAAGAGUCCUUUCAGAGUCAGCUGUCACUCAGUGAAGAACCUGAGGGGAAAAUCACUGAAAUCAUCAUUAAGCACACGUGUGUGAACUGCGGCCGAGAGGCGUCCAGUGAGUGUACAGGCUGCCAUAAAGUCCAUUACUGCUCGGGCUUCUGUCAGCGGAGGGACUGGAAGGAACAUCAGCUGAUCUGCGGUCCACAAGGCAUGAGCGUCAGCAUCCAAGAGGACGCUCAGAUGCUCGGUGUGGAGCUGGAGAAAGGGAAAGCCUAGCGUUAUAUAUGAAGUUUAGAUGCUUGCUUCCGCUCAUGUGUUUUAGUUUAGCUCUAAAAGCCUCAUAGUAACAGCUCCCUCACACGGGGAGAUAUAAAGCAUACACGGAUAACAUCUUACUCUCCGUACCAUUGGAACGGUUUCACCAUCUCACUAUGGGUUUUAUAUGUGAAAAUAGUCCUUAAAGGGAAAGUUCACCAAAAAUCACUUCCCCAACCCUCAUGUUUUU